UCGUUUUGUUAAUCAGCUACGAACUUGAUGAUGAGGUUUCAGGCUUUUUCUCUGAUAUUGAUAGGAUUCUUCUGCUCCACUUACACCCAACCGCACCAUGUAGGGCUGAGGGUGAAGAGGUCACAUUUUGAGUCCAGCGGAUAUUGGAGCAAAAAGUUGAUAUGGAAAACGGACUGGGUGAAGGAAUGGAAGACGGAGAAGAAGCUGGUGUGGAAACCGGAGUGGAAGAAGCGGCAGGUGCCAAUUUGGAAGGAAAUCCAGGUUCCGGUUUGGAAGGAAAUCCAGGUGCCGAGUACGAAGGUCGUGAAUAAGCCGGUUUGGAAGGAAGUGCAAGUUCCGGCUUGGAAGGAAGUCCAGGUGCCGGUGUGGGAGGAGACGCAGGUUCCGGCCUGGAAGGAAAUACAGAUUCCCGCAUGGGUCGAGAUCCAGACGCCGGAUUGGAAGGAAGUGCAGGUGCCGGAUUGGAAGGAAAUCCAAGUUCCGGAUUGGAAGGAAAUUCAAGUGCCGGACUGGAAGAAGGUGUGGAGACCGAUCUGGAAAGAAAUCCAAGUGCCAGCGUGGAAGGAGAUUCAAGUGCCGGAAUGGAAGCAAAUCUGGGUGCCGGAAUGGGUGAAGAUGGGUUUGCACGGUGAGCAUUUCCUGGGCAAAGAUCAUCACGGGAACGAGUACACAGCGCACGACAUCUGGCGGAAGAAGUUAAUCUGGAAACCGAUCUGGAAGAAGAUCUGGAGGAGCGAGAAGAAGCAGAUUUGGCUGCCGCAGAAGAAGCUCGAAUGGAAGCCCGAAUGGAAGCAGAUCUGGCGCACCGAGAAGAAGCAGAUUUGGAGGACGGAGAAGAAGCAGAUUUGGCGUGUCGAAAAGGUGAAGAUCUGGAGAACAGAGAAGAAGCAAAUCUGGAAGACCGAUAAGAAACAAAUUUGGGUUCCGAAGAAGCAUCAGGUAUGGAAAUCGGAGAAGAAGCAGAUAUGGGUCAGCAAGAAGGAGUUGAUCUGGAAGCAGGAGCAUGUCCAAGUGUGGCACACGAAAAAAGUGCAGAAAUGGGUGAACGACAAGAAGCUGAUUUGGAAGGAGGAAUGGAAGCAGAUUUGGAUACCGAUUUGGAAGACGCGCGAGGUCCCGGUCUGGAAGAAGAUCUCCAAGCCGAUUUGGGAAAAGGUGUGGGUCUCCGUCCAUCAUGAUCAUCAUCAUCAUCAUUAGGAGAGAAAAAGAAUCCCACCUCCGCGAAGACGGAAAAGCGCCAGUAUUUAAUUCAAUCCUUUUUUUUAAUUUGUAUACUUCUUUCUUUCUGCCGUUCUUUUCGUGCUCAUCAUUAAAACUUUCUCUCGGCGUCGCAUUAUGUAACUCGCGCAAAGAGAGAGAGAUGAUUCGGAUAUCGAGGAGGAGUCGUGCACAACAUACACAUCAUGCCCACCUUCCGUGUGAACC